AUGGUCAAAUCCAUACAUGAGUCGAUUCAAAUCACCUUUCAGCCAUCCACUGAUAGUUCACACCCAUUUUCACUAGGGUAUUUCCAGGCAAAUAUGGGAUCCAAGAUGGAUCACAAUUCAGUGGCUAUACUUGUCGACGUGAAGCGGAGAGCCUUGUUCGAGCGCUUCGCGGAGUCGUAUCAUCCGACCUACGGUUUAGGUACAAUGUCUGGCAACAUAUACGACACCGCUUGGGUAUCAAUGGUCAGAAAGCCUACUGAAGAGGGCAAGUCUAUCUGGGCCUUUCCGGCUACUUUUCAGGCUCUUCUACAGCACCAGCUCCCUUGCGGCAGUUGGGGCGGGACAAAUUCAAAUUUGGAUUCUAUUGCUAGCACUUUGACAGCUCUUCUUGCAUUACAGAAGCAUGCAAGGGAAUUGAGUGCAACUGAAUCUCAGAAUGAGCUCACCUCGAGGAUCCUCAAAGCCAAGCGAUGGCUGGAUGCAGCUUUGGUACGCCUGGACGACUUGCUAGCAACUAGUACCUUGACUGUUGGGCUAGAACUUAGACUACCGACGCUUUUUGAUCUUCUCGAAGCAGAGGGACACAUCUUUGACUUUGAGCGGACCCGCUUGACCAAGUUGAAGUCCAAGAAAGUAUCCAAGAUCAACUUCGAUACCAUCUUCAGCGGGCCCCAAUCAUCUCUUUUGCAUUCCUUAGAGGCCAUGGUUGGGAAAAUUGACUUUAGAACGCUGGGUCAUCAUAAAGUGCUUGGCAGCAUGUUGGCAUCACCCUCUGCAACAGCAGCAUAUCUCAUGUACAACUCCGUGUGGGAUGACGAGGCCGAGGAAUAUAUUCGACAUGCAAUCUCCAACGGAGCCGGUCAAGGCUCAGGGCUCGUGGCGGCGGGAUACCCAACCACGGUAUUUGAGUGGGCCUGGAUUGAAGACGAAAUUAAGGUAAAUGGACUUGUGGGAUUCGUUCCCAAGGCAUGCCCCGAUGCAGACGACACGGCGAAGGCUUUGAUAGCCUUUCAACUCCGGGGAAGACGCUAUUCGCCGCAAGCGUUGAUUGAUCAAUUCGAACGAGAACAUCAUUUUACGACAUACCUAUACGAGACGCACACGAGCGUAAGCACCAAUGCCAAUGUUCUGACUGCACUGGUGUUGCUCUCAGACGAUGGACGCUACCAACCACAGAUCGAAAAAUGCAUCCGCUACCUCUGCGAGGCAUGGUUCCACUGUGACCGAAUGGUAAAAGACAAAUGGAAUAUCUCUCCUUAUUAUCCAACGAUGCUGUUGUGCGAGGGCCUGAUGUCUUACAUUCAUCGCUGGAGCGAAGGGCACCUGGCUGCAUUGCCUGACGAAUUGAUGAAUUUCCAACUUCCCAUUACGUUGUUUCAGGCCCUGAUCCGAACAUUGCGCACUCAAAAUUCAAAUGGAUCCUGGGGGAGCUCGAACUCUGCUGAAGAGACUGCAUAUGCUAUAUUAAUCCUGAAAAAUGUGGCAUCCUUUAACUUCACUGACGAGAUAUCGGCCGAGCUCGAGAGUGCCAUCCGGAAAGGGAUCCAGUUCAUUCUCUCUAAAAGCCAACGGUCUCAGACAGAUGACCAGCUUUGGCUGGACAAAACCUUGUUCGCCAUACCAACUGUAUCGGACUCGUACAUCGUGGCUGCUGUGCAGGCUGAGGCUACUGACUUUGUGUCUGGCGAUACACUAAAUAAGCUCGUCGACACGUCAACACCGACGGUGCAAAAAUUGACAUCAUACUUUGCUCGACUACCAUCUCAGACAGAAACACCGAAGUGGGUGAUCCAGGCUUCCGUUAUAGAGGGAAUCCUCUUCAGCUGCAGGUUGAAGACGUUGGACAUCUUUUCGACUGGAAAAGCCCUCGGCGACAGAUAUAUUAAAUAUGCCGCCAUCUUUUGGACACUGGCCAACAACGCACGUCCUGAGUAUCUUCUCAGUACGUCGGUGAUCUAUAGCAUGGUGGAACUUUCUGUUGGGAUAUUUCAGGAAGACGAAGAAAUGGAGAAGUCCUUGGUCAACCUACCGGAUGCUGCUACCGACGCCGUAGCUGACUAUAUCGAUAAAUCGUGCCACGAGACAGCUUUUUGCAACAAUGUCGCUUCCCACGCGACACCGCAUGGAUCGGAUAUCUCUGGAUAUGAUGUAGAAACUCGAACUCAACUCAUGACCAUCCAGCACAACAUAAGGCUUUGGCUGCGUUUUGCUUUGGUAGACAACCUCCCGGCGAAUGCCAAUUCCCAUGACAUAUACGAUCUCAAGCAAGAAGUCAAGAUGGCAAUGAUUGCUGCUCUACAACAAGCUAAAGCACACAAAUUCCUCAACAGCAGCCAAACAUUCUACGCUUGGCUCCACACAUGUGCCGUCCACGACGCCAAAAGCGCUGUCGUCUCCAAGUCCCUGAUUUGCAAGAUCGGGCACGGGUCAAAUGUCUUCCGCACAGCCAAGGAAAAAUAUCUCGCCGAAAGGUUAUGGCGGCAGGUUUCCAUAGAGGGCAGACUUUGGAACGAUCUUGGGAGCAUUGAGCGAGACAGACUCACAGCAAACCUCAAUUCGGCCGACUUUCUCGAGUCCGGGCCAGCUGGUGAUGUGUGGGAACAGCUAGUUCAGCUCGCGGACUUUGAACACAAGUACGCUCUACUGUGCUUGGACAACUUGACGCAGCUCCUGGAAGCAUCCGGCCGCCAUAGGAUCUCGCUGUACCUGCAGAUGUAUUACCGUUGCUGCGAAAUUUAUAAUGAAACGUGUGUAAAUUAUGAGUUUGGCUCCAAGAUGGCGAAAUGA